CAAAAAUAAAGAAGAGACGAAGAUGCGGACUCCAUAAAUCCCAACGUGCUCUACACUUUCCAUUUCUUCCUCCUUCUCCUUCUUUCUGUUCCUUCAUUUCUCAUUUUUACCUCUUUUUCCUCUUCUUCAAUCUUCCUUAAUUCAUCUCACCAAAACUACUUUUGAUUUCAUUUAACUACUUUUACAUACUUGAUUCAUCCUCAUAAUCGUCAUUAAUUUCUUAAGUAGAUUCGAUUUCAGUUUCAAUUCAAUUAUUGAAAGGAAUUGGUUGAAGGAAAGUUUCUGAAAUGUUAACCUGCAUAGCAAGACCAAAGCAACAAAGUCAUACUCAUAAUAAUAACUCAGUGAGUCAUCACCAUCAGCAUGACGAUCCUGACUCGGUUCACACUCCUAACAGUAAACACGCUAUUAAAACCCUCACUUCUCAAAUCAAAGAAAUAGCAUUAAAAGCGUCAGGAGCUUACAAAUGUAGCCCAUGUUCACACCCUAACUCUGGGGUUGCACCGGGAUCAGGUCCGAGUCAACUCAACAAAUACAUCGAGUCAGAGACCGGGUCAGGGUCUGAUAAGUAUAAGCCGCCAUGGACGUAUAAGAGGACGUUAAGCGCGAAUUCUGCGUCUUCUGCGGCUACGCCGAGGUGGGGGAAAGAGAUGGAGGCGCGGUUAAAGGGGUUGUCGGUCGGUAGUGAGGUAACGCCAUCAAUGUCAGCGUCGGCGAGUGGGCGCCGAGUCGAUCCGGUCGUGUUGGAAGAGGAAAACGAGCCGAAAGAGUGGGUUGCUCAGGUUGAGCCUGGGGUUUUGAUUACAUUUGUUUCUUUGCCACGUGGCGGAAAUGAUCUUAAGAGGAUUCGGUUUAACCGGGAUAUGUUCAAUAAAUGGCAAGCGCAGAAAUGGUGGACAGAUAACUACGAGAAGAUCAUGGAGCUGUACAAUGUACAAAGGCUUAGUCGUAAUGCAUUUCCACUGCCAACUCCUCCGAGAUCUGAAGACGAGAACUCAAAAAUGGAGUCAUCAAUUGGUGACAGUCCUGUCACACCACCAUUAACAAAAGAAAGUCUACCACGCAACUUGUAUCGUGGAACAGGUGUAGCAAUGGGAUACUCAUCCUCAGAUUCCUUUGAGCAACACUCGAAGCAAUCACAGCAAUACAACGAAUCAAGUGGUCUUGCCUCAACACCCAAACACUCCAACAUCAGCGGAAUCACAGCUAAAACAGAGACCUCGUCUAUGGAUGAGUCGCUGAGAUCUACCUCUUCCAGGGAUGCAGAUCGAUCUGGAGAGCUGUCAGUCAGCAAUGCCAGUGACAUGGAGACUGAAUGGGUUGAAGAGGAUGAGCCUGGAGUUUACAUCACUAUUAGAGCUUUGCCUGGUGGCCGAAGGGAGCUCAGACGUGUUAGAUUCAGCCGAGGAAAAUUUGGCGAGAUGCAUGCUAGAGUGUGGUGGGAAGAGAAUAGAGCAAGGAUACACAAACAAUAUUUGUGAUCAGAAAGAACAAGUGCAGAAGUUCGACUACUUAUGGAUGAAGAACAAAUGUGUGUUUAGAGUACAUUCUUUAUAUGUUACUACCUCAGUAUAAAUACCUAAAGAAUGGUUCGCUGCCUUCAACGAAGAAAUGCUAUGAUAAGUACGAAAUAUGCUACAUGCAUCAAAUAUAGAAGGCAUUGCCUCAACCCCUUUUUUUUCGAGUUUUGUCGUUCUUUGAUCCUCUUCCUUGUUUUGUUCAUUCUGGUGUAUGCUACUGGUAUAAGGGUUUACUGAUGAGUAAAAGUAAGUUUAUAGAGGACUAAUUAUAAGACCUUGAAUGUUGAUAAGAAGAUGUUAGAAUAGAGAAUUAUGUCGAAUUGUCAAUGGCAAAAUUCUUCAAAAGGAAGAUAUGAUAUAUUUCCUUUUGGUAUAUUGAAAGUUAUACUAAUGUCCAAUGAAUAUCAAGUUUUUACCC